AUGCAUGACCUAUUAAAGAAGGGAGACAAGUAUGUCGAUGUGAAGGAAGCGGAGAAUGUAACUAAAAAUCUCAGGGAUGGAAGGGAGACGGAAGCUCAUAAGCGAAAAACAUGUGACGAGCAAAGGCACAAUGAUAAAAAUAAGCCGAAGAAUGAAUGCACGAGCAAGGGUUAUGCCCAGGAUCGGUCAGUCAGGCAAAAACGAGAGGAGGUCAAGACACCCACCCCUUUGAACAUUCCACGAACAAAGUUAUUGAUGGAGAUACAGCACAUGAAGGAGCUCGAAUGGCCCAAACCAAUGCUAACCCCUUCGGGCAAGAGAAAUCAAAGUAAAUACUGUCAUUUUCAUAGAGAUCACGGGCAUGAUACCGAAGAAUGCCUACAGUUAAAGGAAGAAAUUGAGCGCCUGCUGAGACGGGGACUAUUGGCAAAGUAUGUGAAAAAUGAUAAGGGCACGCAAAGGGUCGAAGGUCUAUCCCCACCAAGGGCAGGAGUGAUAAACAUGAUCAUCGGAGAAGUAGCAUCGGGCGGUGACUCAAAUUCAGCUAGGAAGAGAUAUGCGCGUUCAAGUAUAACUUUCGAUGAAGAGGACUUGAUUGGUGUAACACACCCCCAUGAUGACGCCUUAGUAAUAGUAGGAGAUAUUGCGAAUUUUGAUGUGAAGAGGGUGUUAGUCGACAAAGGGAGUGCGGAAAAUGUCCUCACCUGGGAUGCUUUCUUGGGUCUAAAAAUCCCCCAAAAAAGGUUGAAGGUGGUGACUACCCCCCUACAAGGCUUUGGAGGAGCAACAGUGAUACCGGAAGGGACUGUAGAGCUUUCAGUCACCCUUGGGACAUACCCAGCGACAGUGGUGAUCAUGACUAAUUUCUUGGUUGUCAAGACCCCUAUGGCUUACAACGCUAUCUACGGCCGGCCAUUGCUAAAUGCAGCUGGCGCGGUCCCAUCGACCUACCAUCAAAUUAUGAAGUUCCCAACCAGCAGGGGGAUCGGGAGCAUGCGAGGAGACCAGCAUGCAUCAAGAAAGUGCUAUGUGGAUAGUAUACAAGCCAAAAGCCCACCAUCAGUCAUGAUGCUGGAUGUAGAACUCCCGAGGGAGCGGAUCAAGCCACUUGAUAUGAUUGAAAAAAUCUUUAUUGCCAAAGGAAAGGAGUUUCUUGUUGGAACAGGUCUGGGAUCUGAAGAGAAGGAUAAAUUGGCGAAGUUUCUAGCCGGUAAUUUGGAUGUCUUCGCUUGGAACCCAAAGGAUAUUCCGGGGAUUAGCCCAACUGUCGCGCAGCACCGCCUCGGUGUCCAGCCAGGGGCUAAGCCAGUGAAGCAGAAAAAGAGAAACCUUGCCCCUUAG